GAGACGUCUUCUUCUUCGUCGAAUAAAGAAGUAGACUGGAGGGCGAUUUUUGUCGACGAGACCGAAAGCUGCUAGUCGCUCGCUAAUGUUGACUCUUACGUUGCCAUUGGACGAUGUGGCGCUAUGGAUCAAGUCUAUCGACCUAUCGCCGUUGGCGCCGAAACUAGCUCACUAGGCUUGAGUGGUCGCAAUGGCGCGCCAACAAACCCAGCCAGUUCUUCGGAACGCAACAAAAAGCUCUGCUUCCUAGUUAGUUGAGUGCUGUUGUUGUUUGUUUGAGCCGUCAUGAUGGAGACUCUCUGUGAAGAUGGAACCUAUUCUCUGGACUUUCCUAGUGUUGUCUGUGGAGUUGUGUUGAACGUUCUGUUUGCCCUUGUCACAUUAAUCCUCACCUACCCGCGCCUGUAUACUUUCCUCUGUACAACAUCUCCACUGAAGAAGGUAACCAGUGACUCAUCUAUAUCGAGUGGUCUGCCUUCGAUACUGAAGGAUCUAAGGAUAAUUUUUCCCAUCUCGGCACGCCGCCAAGUGCAGACAUUCAAGGCUAGGGACAAAAGUUCAACCAUUCAAGGAGCCAUUUGUGUGAAAUGUUUCCCGGAGCACACGUUGUCUCGCUACAUGAAUGAGGUCUCUUGCUUGAAGAGAAUUCAGGAUCAUGCCGGCCCAUCAAUCCACUUUUGUCCGCGAUACAUUGCAUCGCUCACUGUUGAGCGUGACACUGCCUUUGGGCAGCAGCUCAACAUGCGCUUGCCAUGUAGGGCCAUAUUGAUGGAAUUCAUUCCCUGGAAACUGUGCGAUUAUCUGUCGAAAGGCGUAAGCACCACCUCUGCGCUGCACAUCACAGAAUCCAUCUUCAGUGCACUGUCAUACCUUCAUGAUAUUGUGGGCUUGGCCCAUCAUGAUAUAAAGCCAGACAACAUUGGAAUGGUCAAUCAUGAAUCCGUCAAAAUUUUCGACUUUGACUUAUCCGUGAUGGAUGGCUCGGAAGGGACCAAUGAUUGCGGGACAAUCUCUUUUCUGUCUCCGGAGCUGGUGACGGCGGAUUCCUUGCGCAAGUUCUCCUGCAGUGAGCUUCAAUGUGCCGACAUCUUUGCAGCCGGCCUGUGUGUUUGGGUCAUACUGACGUCGUGUGAUCGCAGUUUACUGAGAGGUGAAUUAGGUGAGAGCGGCCACAUGAAGAUGCCUUACCUGGACAAGCUUGACUUGAAAGGCUGCUCGUUCCUUGAACGACAGGACAAGCGAAGGAUUGUCCGCGAGACAUUGCACCAGCUCAUGGACACAGGCUACCAGAACGAGAGCGAGUUGUGGUGGGCAGAUCAUCAGGAUGCCAGCACAAUGGUCAAAGUUUGGAACUGGUGCACAUCGCCCAAGCCUGCCGAACGACCCUCAGCCAAAACGCUCGUGGAUUUCCUGGCGCCCCUCGUACAUAAUCAUGUACAUGUGAGCACAUAUUGCAUUGAUGGCUAGUGUGGAGCGUGAUUAUAUGUGCGAAGCGCAUGUGUGGAGUGUGAGAGGUGUGUGCGUGUGUGCUUGCAUACGUGUGUGUGUGUGUGCAUGUGUGUUCCGAGCAUAGUUCGUAUCAUAUUAUAAUAUUGUAAUGUUAUGUAUCAUGAACAUAGCUACUCAAACAUCUACAUAUCAGGAUCAGUUCAUAUGCACACAUGUUGCAUGUCUUCAUGUGCGGGCAAGUCAUCUCAUUGAUCAUCGCAUCCAAGAUCAUCUUGUUGCUUUCCAGUUUCUGAGUGUCACUCUUUUCCCUCUGCUGAUGACUUUAAAAGCUCUUGCCUGCACUUCACAUGCAAACAUGUCUUGCUGUUGUUGUCUUUCAGCAUGUACUGACAUGCAUACUGUUACUAACCACUACCUGGGGAGCGCCUUCCCUAUUCUAUAUUCUCCUUCGUAUAUUUUGAUUCACUUUUCCGUAGGUAGUUAGGUAGGUAGGUCAACAUAAAACAGGCUCCUUGCGAAGUCUUAGCACGCGUCUCUCCCCUUUAUCCUCUCCUGUGUAUACUUUGAUUCAGUUUUUCCUAGAUAGGUAGAUAGGUAGGUAGCUGCUAGUAGAUACGUUUCAAUAAAAGCCUUCGGAACCACUUUAUGGAGUCCUUCCAAGGUCUUGCUCUUGCACCCCACUGAACAAAGAGUGCUCAACACGUCGAGAAGAAGCCUGCAAAUCGGCCCACCUUUGUACAGAUUGUUCAUCGAUCACCACACCAUUAUCUGCACUCUCCAGCCGACCUUGACACUUUGCCAUAGAACACCACCAGCAAAGUGACACAUCCGUCGGUACCGAAAUC